AUGAGUUGUAUUAGCUGGAAUUGCCGUGGGCUGGGCAACCCACUUUCUAAUGUAGGUAGGAGUGGUGGGCUUGCUUUCCUAUGGAAGUCGGCCCAGACGGUUUCACUUUUAAGUUCUUCUUUUUGGCAUAUUGAUGUUUUGGUGGAGGUUGCUUUAAUCGGUGAGUGGAGGAUUACGGGUUUCUAUGGUAGGCCCAAUAGAAAUGAAAGACAAGCUUCAUGGGUUUUGUUGAAAGAUUUAUCUAGACAGUAUUCAUAUCCUUGGGUCUACUGUGGGGACUUUAAUGCUAUUUUGACUCAAGAUGAGAAGAGAGGAGGUAAUGCUCAGCCCAACAACUUGAUACGGGACUUUCGAGAUGGGGUGAUGGAAGCUGGUCUUUCGGAUCUUCCUAUGUCUGGUUAUAGGUACACUUGGGAUAAUGGGCGAGAGGAUGAAGUUUGGACUGAAGCUAAGCUAGAUCGUUUCCUUGUGAACGAUGAUUGGAGAAGGAGAUUUAGUCUGUCUACAGCUAGUGUCCUGGAUUACAGCUCCUCGGAUCACUUGCCUAUUUUCUUACAGGUCAGGUUAUUUUUACCUUGUUCCACCCCUAGACUUUUUCGGUUUGAGAAUUCUUGGAGUCUAGAGCCUGGGUGUCGGGAAAUUGUUCAAUCUGUUUGGUCUGAUCCUACUUUGGGCUCGGUUUUGGAUAAAUUAAAAGUUUGUAGCUCUAGAUUGGGCGAUUGGGGGAGUACUAUGAGGCAACAAUUCCAGCUUGAUAUUGACAAUUGUAAGAAAGUUUUGGGGCUAUUGCGGGGGCUGGAGGAGGUUAUUAUAGGGUACUUUCAGAAUAUCUUCACCUCUCAAGCUGGCUCUCCUCGGGCUAUCAUUGAUUUAGUUCCAACGAUUAUUUCAGACUCACAGAAUGAGGAGUUAUGCUUACCAUAUACAAGGGAAGAGGUGCGUGUUGCGGUUUUCAGUAUGCAAGCAGAGAAAUCACCUGGCUUGGAUGGAUUCAAUCGGGGCUUCUAUCGCAAAUACUGGAGUAUUAUUGGUGACCAAGUUGCAGAUUUCUGUCUCAACUGCCUUCAUACGGGCAAUUUUCCACAAGAACUUAACGAAACGGCAAUUGUACUAAUUCCAAAGAAAGAGCAGGUAGAGAAGGUUAUUGAUUUGCGACCAAUAGCACUUUGUCAGGUGUUGUAUAAAAUUAUUUCCAAAAUGGUUGCGAACAGGUUGAAACUUAUCCUGCCGGAAAUCAUUUCUUCAUCUCAAGGUGCUUUUGUUCCUGGUAGACACAUACCAGAGAACACUGUUAUUGCUUAUGAAAUCCUUCAUUAUAUGCGUGGCAAGCGGCGAGGCAAGGAUGGAUAUGCAGCCCUCAAGAUUGAUGUUAGUAAAGCCUAUGAUAGGCUUGAAUGGAGCUUUAUGACUGCUAUGCUCUUGAAACUUGGGUUUUCUGCAGUGUUUGUUGAGUUCUUAUUAUUGUGUGUUUCUACUGUUUCUUUUAAAGUCCUUUAUCAGGGUAGAUUAUUAGAGACUAUUACUUCGGAGAGAGGGUUGAGGCAGGGAGACCCUCUCUCUCCUUAUCUUUUUAUUCUUUGUAUGGAAGGAUUAUCGCGCCUAAUUCAGAGAAAGGUGGAGGUGGGUGCUUUGGAGGGUGUUUCGAUUUGUAGAGGGCCCCGGUGUAAGAAUGUGCCACAUGAGGUGAGGAGGGUGAUUUGUGGUACUCUAUUAGUCAAUGAGCAUGAUAAUUUGGGGUUCUAUCUUGGUCUACCCACUGCUAUUGGCCGUAAUAAAGCUGAGGUAUUUCAGUUUGUUAAAGAUAAAUUCUGGAAACGCUUGAAUUCAUGGAAGCACAAGGCUCUUUCUCGUGCCGGUAAAGAGGUUUUGGUAAAAUCUGUACUGCAGUCUUUGCCAAGCUAUGUUAUGAACCUCUUUUUACUUACACAAGGCAUUUGUGAUGAACUACAAAAGAUGAUGGCACGGUUUUGGUGGGGUUCUAAAGCCGAUGGCAGCAGGAAAAUACAUUGGCUAAGCUGGGAUCGGUUAGCUCGCCACAAACAUUUUGGUGGCUUGAGUUUUCGGAGGAUUCGACAAUUUAAUGUUGCAAUGCUUGGUAAAUUGGGUUGGCAUUUGUUUGUUAAUUCUAGUUCUCUUGCAAGUCAGAUUCUUCGAGCUAGAUAUUUUCCAGAUAGCUCAUUUCUUAAAGCUCCUCUUGUCAAGAGUGCUUAUAAGGCACUGACCAGCGUUGAGGGAGCAGAGGCUGGAGAACGUAGUUUUUGGAAGAAGCUUUGGGCGAUUCAAGCUGCUCCAAAAUUUAAGAACUUUAUGUGGCGAGCUGUUUCACAUUCUCUGCCUUGCAGGGACUUGCUUCGAUCUCAGCAUGUAGAUGUAGCAGCGUCUUGUCCUAUGUGCAGUAUUGAACCAGAGUCAAUAAAACAUCUUUUGGUCGACUGCUCUUUUGCUAAACAGGAAUGGACCAAAAGAGCUUUAGCUCUCUUCAAUCCAAAGGAUUCUGCUACCUUAGUAUACCUCUGUUGGUUGUUGUGGGAGGAGAGGAAUGGUGUGGUGUGGAGUAAUAGAACUCCAAACGUUUUGUCAACCAUGUUUAGAGCUGUUCGUUUACACCAGGAAUGGGAGGGUGCUCAACUGACUACCAUGAUACCAGACGCAACCCGUAUAUCGCUACAUGCAGGAAGUGUUUGGCAGAAACCAGCUCCUCAUUGGCUGAAGUUAAAUGUAGAUAUUGCCACUACCAGUGCCGGCGGAUGGACAGGAGUAGGGAUGGUGGUUCGAGAUGCGGAUGGACAGGAGUAUGUCUGGUAA